UUUUAAGCUACUCUCGUUUUAACAUAGUUUUCUAGUUUGACAACAAAAUCCUUGCCAAUAGAGAAGGGCGGUCUGAAAUUAUUUAGCCGAUUGUUCAACCAUUUCGAUGAUUCACGAUGUUUGCUGUCAUACACGAAUUUUCGUCGAACGCAAUAUACGCAAGAAUGAUGAAAUACAAGGUUGAGUCUUCCGAAUUCGCUGCAACGCCAUCGCUGAAGAAUAUAUACACAAAAGGAUGGAAAAUGGCUGGAAUUUAGAAUAAUGUAUAUUGGCAAAAAAUACUGCAGUUUUACAAUGAACCCUCCACUGAACAUCCCUGCAUACGAACUUCGUUUUUAUUUCAGGCGUAUGGCAACACCAAAUUUUAGCUAAAUUAGAGAACUUUAACAUUAAAUUACUUUAAAACUACAAGCCUCCGGCAGGUUCGGCGAUAAACAUUAUACUAAAGUUUUCCCUGGAAAAUUACUUGUUUGUCAAGAAGAAGAAUAAGCGAAAGAAAUGAAACUGCCAACACAAGAGCCGUUCGAGUUGGAAGCAUAAAUGAUAGAAUAAGAGAUUGCGCCUUCCAAAUUCGCUGUGACGUCGAAAUCCGAAAUUAUAAAAACAAAAGCCAAAACGCAAUGUGAUUUCUAUUUACAAACAACUUAUAAACAUUGGACUUUUGGAUUAGAAAUACAUACAUUUGAAGAAAAAUGUCUUCAUCAUCUUCAGAUAGUGAGGAUUCUGUCCACAGUGAAGAGCAAAGGAAUUCUGUUCGAGAGGAUCUAAGCAAAAUGAGCUUUGAAGAGAUAAUGAAAUUAAAAGAGGAGUUGGGUGCAAAGUUGUAUAAGGAGGCUGUAUUGGGCGUGGAUAAAGAAACAACUAAGAAAUCAAACACAAGAAAAAUUACCGUUAAGCGUUUAAAUAAGAAUCGUCCACGUGAAUUGUCUGCGAAGAGACAAGUGCCCUUUAUAUCAAUCGAAGAGAAAAGUAAACGAAAAAUUGAAGGACAAGUACGUGAUCCACGAUUUGAUGCGAAUUGUGGAGAUUUUAAUGUGAAGCAUUUUAAAGAAAAUUAUAAGUUUCUCGAAAAUGUUCGACGAAAAGACAUCGCUCGCCUUCAGAAACAAUUGCGUGAUAUUAAAAACAGCGAUGAACGUAAGCAACUGCAACUAGAAAUUCAAAAACUUAUUAACAAAAAUGUUGAGGACAGAAAAUGGCACAUAAAACAAGAGUCACUGAAUCGAGAAAAAUUAGAAGUUCAAGAGGCACUCAAAAAAGGACUUAAGCCACAUUACACAACAAAGAAGGAGCGACGUGCUAAAGAAUUGGUUACACAGUUCGAGCAACUUAAAGAAUCGGGAAAACUUAGCAAGCAUUUAGAAAAACGUCGUAAGAAGAAUGCAGCAAAGGAUCGAAGACAACUUGGAUUUGCAUAAUUUUUUUAUUUUUUAUUUUAUUAAAUAAAGUAACUGUACAUCCUGUAA